AUGCGGUCUCCGAGGCUGGACGGCUGCAGGGAUGAGGUGGACUGGUCUUACCUGGACACAGACAUGAACCAUGGGAACCCCGUGGCCCCGCAGUCCUCGUCAAGCGGGAUGUUGAAGGCGAGAAGUCACUUUUGGUACAGUGGAUGCUUAAAGGGUGGUGUGUGUAAAAGCGGAGGAGAAAUGAAUGGAGGACAGGAGUGUGAGGGCGGAGCUGAGCGGGGCCUGGUCCAGGUGCCCAUCGGCUGGCAGCGCAGACUGGACCCUGCUGGACUGGUCUGCUACAUAAGUCCCAGUGGCUCCAUGCUGGCCAGUCUGGAGCAGGUGAAGACCUACCUGCUGUCCGAUGGCACCUGCAAAUGUGGACUUGAGUGUCCACUCAUCCUCCACAAGGUGUUUAACUUUAACGCGGCGGCCACAGUAAAGCUGAGGACUGCAGAGGAUGUGAAGGCUGAUGAAGAUGUCACAAAACUGUGCAUCCACAAAAGGAAGCUGCUGGCUGUGGCUACACUGCACAAAAGCAUGAGCCACUCUCCUCUGAUGAGCAGUCCUGCAGGUGCACUGUCUGUAGGAGCUCCACAUUCCUUGGGUCAACGUGCGGUCAGGAUGAAAGGCCACGAAGGCCCAAACGCUGUCGGUCCAGAGGGAAAGAGUUCUUUCACCAUGAUGAUCGCAGCCGGGCCAAGGUAUCCUGCACCGGAAGUGGCCGCAAGCCAGCCGCCGGAGAUGUAUUCUGGAUACCAGAGACAGAGACUGGCCAGUGGAGCCCCGAGUCCUAAGUCCCCUUAUCGCUAUGGAGGCAUGCUGAGCCCCCCUCCAACUUCAAAAAUGUAUGGAGAUGGUUCUCAGUCGCCUUGUGCAGAAACUCUGGGGAGCCCAGAUGGCUUCACCAGGACGAAUCUGUGUGGCUUUCCAGGAGGUGGCAGUCCGAGCUCCACUCCUCAUCUUGGGAAUAACCGGACACCUCUCUCUCCUAAUGUCCUGCUCCGUGGCUCUCCUCCAGGACAGCCAUCCUGUUCUCUGACAGGAAGGACUAGUACUUCACUUUCCCCUGCGGCUACGGCCAAAAGCCCAGUCAUGAAUCUUCCCCGAGGCACUUUCCCCCCUGGUAUGGAUAUGCCCCGUGCUCAAUUCCACCUCAAAACACAGCCCCCGGUACAUUCUACCCCCCCACACCCCCCCUGUGCCCUGCAGAAAAGACAGUUAACUUCUGAACAAGACCCCCUGGGCAUCCUUGAUCCCAUCCCAAGCAAACCUGGUGGCCAGGUGGCAAACCCCAACUUUCAGCCCCCCAUUCACUCUCAGGUACCAGUGAUGAAUGUAAACAUCCCACCCCCCGCCAUUGUCCCUUUGCCAAGCAACUUACCUUUACCCACAGUGAAACCAGGCCCUGCGAGCCAUGUUCAAAGGACUCAAGCUGGAGCUACAGCAUCUGUGUCUCCGUCCCCAGUCACUUCCCCCGUGCACAUGACAGGGCCCGCACACGGCCGGAUGGAGGCCUCGCCCCAUCGCUCUCGCUCCUCCUCCACCUCUUCUGACCACGGCAGCUUUGCCAUGCCGUCUGGGCAUCAGCCCCCAUGUGUGACCAUCAAGGUCCCGCCUCGGUCUCCGCGCUCUGCCAUGGGGUCCCCCAGGCCCAUGCCCUCCAGCCCCUCCACAAACAAAAGUGACCACCUGCAUCAGUUCAAAGACUCCCCACUGAUGCCUGCAAUGGCGAACCCUGUGUGUGUCCAGCAGCACAGUAACAUGUACUCCCCCUCCUCCUCCCCGUCACCUUCUACCUUAGCCAACCCCAGCGCUUCCCAGAAGGGCCACCCAGGUCUCCUGGGGAUGCCCCUCAACCAGAUCUUAAAUCAGCAGAACGCUGCUUCAUUCCCUGCCAGCAGUCUCCUCUCGGCGGCAGCCAAAGCACAGCUAGCUAAUCAAAAACACAGUUCGCCCAGCAACACCUCUGCUGUGGCCAGUGGUGGAGUGUGCAUGGGGGGCAUGGGUGCAGGGGGUCACCCUGGCCCUGGGGGGGACCCUCGUGUAGAGGGACACAGCACUUUAAACCCUAUGCUCCCUCCCAACUCGUCCGUGCUGCUGCACAGCCCUGAGGGCCAGAGCGGCAGAGCAGCUCUGAGAGACAAGCUCAUAGCCCAGCAGAGAGACCCCAUGCGCAAGAGGAAGUCCUCGUCUGGAAACCUGCCUGGGACUCACGACCCGGGCAACAGCACCAUGUACAACAUGCUAAACAAGCCGGCUAUGGGAGGCCCUCACCUGCAGGGGCCCAGUGCUCCUGAGCAGAUGCGAAAAGUGGGACGAAUGGGUCCUCUUCCUCCCAACACCUCCAUGGCUCAGCUGCUUCAGUCCAUGAGCUGCCAGAGCUCCCACAGCCUGAGACCCGGCCUCAGCCCCGCUCCAGGGGCUGGCCCACACCACUACAGCCCUGGGGGCCCUGCACAAAACCUCUUAGCACAGCAACGGCUCCGCACUUCAGGGGACCCCAUGCAGCACUGCCAGAACAUGGAACCCUCUGGGGGUCUCCUGGGUCAUCAUCAGCCCCCGUUCCCAGACAUGAUGUCCCAGAGGCAGACCCCGUCCAUGACCAACUGUGGACCAAUGGGCCCAGACUUCCUCAUGCUAGUCUUCACCCUGGCUCCCACCCAGGUGGUCCUCAUCCAGGUGGUCCUCAUCCAUGUGGUCCUCAUCCAGGUGGGCCUCACCCUGGUCCUCACAGUGGUCCUCACGGGGCUCCUCACGGUGGCCCUCACCCUGGCUCUCACCCUGGCUCUCACCCUGGUCCUCACCCUGGUCCUCACGGUGGCUCUCACCCUGGCUCUCACCCUGGUCCUCACAGUGGUCCUCAUGGCGGCCCUCACCCUGGUCCCCACCCAGGGCCUAUGUCUCACCCUGGACAGAACCACCUCCACACCCCUCACAGACCAAGUGACUCCGUCUCGCCGGGGGAUGGGGCCCCUGCCGCUUCACGGACCUCCUGCAGUGAACUCCAGCAGCACCUCCCUGUACCAGCAGUCAGCCCACCAACGCAUGCAGCACCCGGCCUACAGGGGGCAGCACUACCCAGAGAACAGUGCUAAUGCUAAUGCAGACAUGAGCUGCUUGUACCAGAACUAUCAGCAGGGGCUGAUGCAGGGGCCCUUUGCAGAGGCAGAGCCCCGGAGCGAGGGGCCCCCAGCAGCUGCUUUGUGCUCAGAGCGGGCCCCUGGAGGAGGCCCUGAAGCUGUGGAUGCCAUCUACAGAGCUGUGGUGGACGCUGCCAGCAAAGGGAUGCAUGUAACUAUCACAGCCACAGUGAGCGGGACGACCCAGGCCGGCCCCGUGCCGGCCCUCAGUGCUAUGAGUGCCUUCACUGCGUCGAUAGGGGAACCUGUCAACCUGCCCCAGGCCGUGAGUGCUGUCCUACAUGGCCAGGACGGGGACACCCGCUCCAGGGUCCUGCGCCGAGCUCCCAAGAAUGAGAUGGUCAAGAGCUCCCUUGAGGCCCCUGAGGGGGGGGAGUACUUCCGCUCCCCUGGCCGUGGGACCCCCAGGGGCCAGUGGGACAGGGAACAUCACCCUCCGUCUGUGGACUCGCAGAACAGCAGCUGGGGAGAAGAGUUUCUGGAGUGUUCUACUCAGGUCAGGAGCAGUCCCUGUGUGGAACGACCAGCUAGUCUGGCCCCUGCCCCACCCUGCCCCUCUGAGGGCCACGGAGACUUGGUCAUGGCCCCUACGCACAACAAGGCUUUCCUGGAGGACAACUAUCGCUUCAAUAAUUGCGGCCGGGCCCCUUCCCGUCUGGAGCACGGGACUCUGAACGGCUCGGGCAACCCUUUCAACAGCCGAGUGUACGGGGACGUCCUGACCGGGGACGACCAGUCGCCUGGCUCCUCCACUAGCCUAGAGGGGCCCCUGGCCAAGGACUACAGCCACUACAAUGGUCACCACAACGGGAUGGCCCCUAGCCCCUCAGACACCAAGAGCCUGAGCAGUGAGGAGGACCUGCGGCCCCCAGACUCCCCCUCCUCAGAGCCCCUGUACCGCUCCAGGACCUUCAACAUGGGGGAGCUGGUCUGGGGCCUCAAGGGCUUCCCCCAGUGGGCCUCCAAGCUGACCCCCGAUGAGCAAGCCGCGCUGCAGCUGAGGGAGCAGGCCCAGGUGGAGCCUGAGAAGCUGAAAACACUAACCCACGACCUGGAGGCCCUGGAGCGGGCCGCUAAACUGGGGCUGAAGCCGGGGAAACUGAAUAAUCACUUAGAAGCUGCUAUCCAAGAGGCCAUGAGCGAGCUGGACAAGAUGUCUGCUACACGGGAGCGGCAGUUGAAAUUGCCCAAGUCCAAGAGGAGGAAGAUCUCUAGAUAA